AUGCUUCUCAAUUCGUUCAGCGUCAAAUCCCGCUUCCCCACCGCCGCACCGCCCGCCCGCGACGGCCCCACCGCAACAAAACCACCAAAAACACCAACUGAUCACGUGGUUUUAUACGAGGUGCUGAUAUCAUCACUAAGCGAGGUUGAAGUUACGAUGCUAUGUAUAAGUAACAGCCUCAUCCGCAGUCGAUCCCAAUUUGCACCUCGCGCAUUUGCUCUUGGUAAUAGGACACGUUACACUACGCAACAAGGAAACCAACUGGUCAGUAUGGGUACCAAGACUAACAUCACUCUUUACACCGCGUCAACCCCAAAUGGGAUCAAGGUUCCGAUCCUGCUUGAGGAGCUUGGGCUUGAGUAUAAGUUACACCCGGUCCAGAUAAUGGACAAUGAGCAGAAACAGCCGUGGUUCCUAGAGAUCAAUCCCAAUGGCCGGAUCCCCGCCAUCACGGAUACAUGGACCGACGGGGAGCAGAUCCGUAUCUUUGAGAGCGGAGCCGUCCUUGAGUACCUUGUUGACCGUUACGACAAGGACUACAAGGUCUCGUAUCCAAAAGACUCCCGUGAACACUGGGAGGUAAAGAGCUGGCUCAUGUGGCAGAUGGGUGGCUUAGGGCCUAUGCAAGGACAGCUGGAGCAUUUUAGGAGAUACGCAGCAGAGAAGAUUGAGUAUAGUAUCAACCGGUACGACAAAGAAACCCGUCGCCUCUAUCGCACCAUGGAAACCCAUCUGGCUAAGUCUCCUUGUGGUUUCCUCGUCGGUGAUCGCGUCACUGUUGCCGAUAUAGCUUGCUGGGGCUGGGUUUCCUCUCAUACUUCGGAUGGCGUCUCUCUCGAUGAGUUCCCUCAACUGGAGAAGUGGCUAUACAAGCUCUUGGAACGCCCAGGUUUCGAGAAAGGCCGUCAUGUGCCGAAGCGCCACACGGCGUUUGACAAGGAAAAAUCAAGCGAGUAG